UCGGGGCGGGGAGCGGGCGCGGCCCUGCGCUCGGGGCGGGGAACCGGCCCAGCUUCCCCGGCAGCCCGGCCAGGCCGGAACCAGACCGCGGGCAGGUCCCGCGCCAUGGGGCGAUUGGUGGCUCUGAGUCUGCUGGGCAUCGGACUGGCGCUGCUGGGCGAGCGGUUCCUGGCGCUCAGGAAUCGACUUAAAGCCUCCAGAGAGGUAGAAUCUGUGGACCUUCCAAACUGCCACUUGAUUAAAGGAAUCGAAACUGGAGCUGAGGACAUUGAUGUUCUUCCCAAUGGGCUGGCUUUCUUUAGUGUGGGCCUCAAGUUUCCUGGGCUCCACAGUUUUGCACCAGAUAAGCCCGGAGGAAUACUGAUGAUGGAUCUCAAGGAAGAAAAACCCAGGGCACUGGAAUUAAGAAUCAGCUGGGGCUUCGAUUUGGCUUCAUUUAACCCGCAUGGCAUUAGCACUUUCAUAGAUGAUGAUGACACAGUUUAUCUCUUUGUUGUGAACCACCCAGAAUUCAAGAAUACAGUGGAAAUUUUUAAAUUUGAAGAAGAAGAAAAUUCUCUGUUGCACCUGAAGACAAUUAAACAUGAGCUCCUUCCAAGUGUGAAUGACAUCAUAGCGGUUGGGCCAGCCCACUUCUAUGCCACCAAUGACCACUAUUUCUCCGAUCCUUUCUUGAAGUAUUUGGAGACAUACUUGAACCUACACUGGGCAAAUGUUGUCUACUACAGUCCCGAUGAAGUGAAAUUGGUGGCAGAAGGAUUCGACUCAGCCAAUGGGAUCAAUAUUUCACCUGACAAAAAGUAUGUCUACGUUGCUGACAUACUAGCUCAUGAAAUCCAUGUUUUGGAAAAACAACCUAAUAUGAAUUUAACUCAAAUAAAGGUUCUGCAGUUGGGCACACUGGUGGACAAUUUAUCUAUUGAUCCUUCGUCGGGUGACAUCUGGGUUGGCUGUCACCCUAAUGGCCAGAAGCUCUUCGUGUAUGACCCAAACCAUCCUCCAUCGUCAGAGGUUCUCCGCAUCCAGAACAUUCUAUCCGAGAAGCCAUCUGUGUCUACAGUGUAUAUCAACAAUGGAUCUGUCCUCCAGGGAAGUUCUGUGGCGACCAUAUAUGAUAGAAAACUUCUUGUAGGCACUUUAUACCAGAGAGCCUUGUACUGUGAACUCUAAAUUGUAAUUUUGGCAUGCAAGUGCCAUAAGUUGUAGCAAAACAAUCUUUUAAUGAACUGCUAAUUCUGAGGGAAUUUAACCAACAGUACCAACCUAGGACUAUACCACAUACAUAGUUCAUUUUUUUCAAUAAGGAAAGGCCCACAAUUCUGAUGCACUUUUGACAUCAAAAGAAAAUGACCGUUAUUUUUUUUUAAUAUUAUUGUAUUUUUUUUUAAAUGCCAAUACAAGAACAAAGCUGCUUUUGAAUAAAGUGAAUGUGUUUUGCACAGAGGGACGUCACUUCCCACCCUGUAGUAGCCCACUGGAACAGGAUGUAUUGUAAAGUCAGCGGCCCCGGUCCCCAUGCUGGGACCGUUGUACACGCUCAGGACUACUGAUAAGUAACAAUAUGAUGAUCUCUACUUACAGGUCUGUUUAUUGGCUUACAAGUUAGAAUUGCAGUCAAGACUAACCAAAAUCCAGGUUUUGUUUCUGUUUCAUUCCUGAAGUAGACUCUCAGGAGAACAGGAAGGAAGGGACUUUCAAGGGAUUUGGUUGGACAAGAGUGGCCAUAUUAGUUUCUCACGAAAGCUGAAUGUAAUGGAGCUCUUCUAUGGAAAAAAUAAAAUAAAUCAACUGAA